UGCUCUGCCCACCAGCCUCAGAGCCAGCUCUGGCUCUGCCACAAUGGGGCUGCCCCUGCCAGGGCUGUGGCUGAAGAGGCUCUGGGUGCUCUUUCAGGUGGGCCUGCACGUGGCCAUGGGCAAAGUGCUUCUUACACUGUUUCCCAGGAGGGUCAAGCAGAACAUCCUGGCCAUGAGUGAGAAGACUGGCAUGGCCAAGAAUCCCCACUUCUCCUAUGAAAACUGGAUACCCACUUUCUUCAGUGCCCAGUAUUUCUGGUUCAUCCUGAAGGUCCGUUGGCAGCGACUGGAGGACAUGACGGAGCAAGGGGGUCGAGCCCCAAACUGCCCUGUGGUCCGCCUGUCAGGACAGAGGUGCAACAUCUGGGACUUCAUGCAAGGCAACAGGCCACUGGUGCUGAAUUUUGGAAGUUGCACCUGACCUUCAUUUAUUUUCAAGUUUGACCAAUUCAAGAGACUUAUUGAAGAUUUUAGUUCCAUAGCAGAUUUUCUCAUCAUUUACAUUGAAGAAGCACAUGCAUCAGAUGGCUGGGCUUUUAAGAACAACGUGGACAUCAAGAAUCACCAGCAUCUCCAGGACCGCCUGCGGGCAGCCCGCCUGCUGCUGGACAGGAGCCCCCAGUGCCCCGUGGUGGUGGACACAAUGAAGAACCAGAGCAGUCAGCUCUACGCAGCGCUGCCUGAGAGGCUGUACGUGCUCCAGGACGGCAGGAUCCUGUACAAGGGUAAACCUGGCCCUUGGAACUACCGUCCAGAAGAAGUUCGUGCUGUUCUGGAAAAGCUCCACAGUUAAUCUGGACAGAUCCCCCAGUUCUAGGUGCUCAACAAGAGGUCUUCUCAAGGCUUGGCUUGCCCCUCAUCCCAGCUGACAUUUACCUCUUGACCUGUGUCCCCAGCGGAAUCACUAGCCCAGAUUUUUCUUAUCCAAGCAAACAACUGUUACAAUGAGAAAAUGAAGCUGCAAGUGAGCUGAGUGUUAAAGAAGGUACAACUCCACACUGCCCCCACCGUGGAGACCUUGUUCAUUGCACGACGUCUCAGCGUGAGAGCGGGCGCACUCCCUGCGCUUCCUUCUGAACAUCCAGCCACUCCACUAUGGCAUUCCUUAAAUGAAGUAACUUCAUUUUACCAAAUUUGCCAUUUAUGGAAUUGAUAAUUUAAUAACUAGAUUGGUUUUUAGAACUAAGCAUGGGGAUAACUCCAGGUGUUUAGAGAGAGAUGAGGAAUUUAAAGAGAAAGGAGUAGGAAUGGGAGCAGACAGUACAAAUGGGAACGCUUCCCUCGCCAAAAGAUUUAAACCAGAAAGUGGUGGGGGUGAUGAGAGGUGAGUUUCCCUGGUAAUAUGUCUUCAAUUCUACUGUAGAAGAGGUGGGUACUCACUUUACCAUCUUUGAAUAUAUUUCAUAGAAGUCUGGCUCUCCAUACCCAGGAAUCUUCUACUAUCUUCACUUACCAAGAGCCACUUGUGGGGAGGACUGGCUUCCUAAAAACAUUAUAACCUUGACCAAACUAGACCACAGGCAAUACAGAGCUGUCAUUCAGUUAUGCAGAAGCUCAUAUCUGUAAUUCUGCUUCUCUGAUUUCUUCACAAUUCUCCUAAUGGUCAUUUGUGUUAGAUUACAUCAGUCUAAUGGAUAACCAUUGGUAUUGAUCUGUUUUAACUCUGCCUCUUUUCAUAUUUGUUUAUGAUGGCCACAGCCUAAAGUACACACAGCUGUGACUUGAUUUGAAAGAAAAUGUUUUAAGAUGCAGCAAGCUAAUACAGAAUGAUUAAAAAAUAUCAGGCUAGUUCAGAUGGC